GCACCCCUCACCACACACCUUGCUAGCUGUUGCAGAUCAAGAGAAGAGCCAGCUGAGCUUAGAUCAACAAUCAAGCAAAGCUCCGCCUCGACCGCCAUGACCGGCAGCAGCAGCUUCGCGGCUCUCUCCAUCCUCGUCGCGGUCGUCGCCCUGCUCGCCGCCACGGCGGCGUCGGCGGCGGGGGAGAAGGAGACGCACCUGCGCGUGUUCUGGCACGACGUGGUGAGCGGCGGCCCGAACGUGUCGACGGUGGUGCAGGUCGCCGGGGGCCCCUCGUCCAACGCCUCCGCCACGGGGUUCGGCUCCGUCGUCGUCAUCGACGACCCGCUCACCGAGGGCCCCAACCUGACGUCGAGGCUGCUCGGCCGCGCCCAGGGCAUGUACGUCAGCGCCGGCAAGGACAGCCUCUCGCUGAUGAUGGCCAUGAACUUCGUGUUCGUCGACGGCGCCUACAACGGCAGCAGCCUCGCCAUCCUCGGCCCCAACCCCGCCGAGCGGAGGGUCCGGGAGAUGGCCGUGGUCGGCGGCACCGGCGCGUUCCGGUUCGCCACAGGUUACUGCGAGGCCAGGACGCAGUGGAUCGACACCAGGACCGGCGACGCCACCGUCGAGUACAACCUCCACGUCCGCCAUGACUGAGACGACGGGUCAUGCUGCGAGCGAGCAACCACACUGUUCCCGAUCGUCCUUGAUUUAAUGAUGAUGAUCUUUUUACAUGUUUAUUAGAGCUCGUAUAGAUGCUUGUUUUAUCGAUUUUGGCAUUUGGUUUAAAGUUUUGAUCUAGAGGGUGUGUUUGUUCUUGUGAGAUGAUGCAGAAUAAUGAAGCAGUGUAGCAUUUGAUUAUUCAAAUAAUGCAGUGUUCCUUGUAUACA